UGUGCUUGCACCAAGUUUUCUCCGCACUUUGCCUUAUUUUUACAAAGAGGAAGAGAGACUUUUAUCAACAAAAUCCAACAGAUCACAUUAAAAUCAUCAAUUAUUUGCACAAAAAAAGCUAGCUAAAGUAUCUACGUACUACAUACAAUAUAUACUGUAAGUGUAAGAUCACCUAAAAAAGAUGGGAAGAGCUCCAUGUUGUGACAAGGUUGGACUAAAGAAGGGGCCUUGGACUCCUGAAGAAGAUCAAAUUUUGAUCUCUUUUAUUCAACAACAUGGUCAUAGUAAUUGGCGCGCGCUCCCCAAACAAUCAGGAUUAUUAAGAUGUGGGAAAAGUUGUAGAUUAAGAUGGAUAAAUUAUCUAAGGCCAGAUAUUAAGAGGGGAAACUUCUCAAAAGAAGAAGAGGAUACUAUUAUUCAACUUCAUGAAAUGAUGGGAAAUAGGUGGUCUGCCAUUGCUGCAAGGCUUCCAGGAAGAACAGAUAACGAGAUAAAAAAUGUGUGGCACACACACUUAAAGAAGAGGCUUAACCAAUAUCAAACCACAAAAUCACAAGGCAAAAUUGGUAGGAAAAGUCGUGAAAUAAAUAAUGUAACUACUACCACUACCACCACAACUGACUCUUUUAGUGGGACUAAUGAUCAAGUUGAUUCUUCACCUCAACAAUCUUCUACAACGAGUUGUAACGAUUUUUCUUCCGGUUCUGAGGUUUCCAGUGUCAAAUUCGACAACGACACUAGUAUUAUAAACGUACAUACGUAUGAUAAUUCUAUUCAGCAGUCGGAUUUGGAAUAUUUACCCAUCAUUGACGAGACAUUUUGGGAGUCACACGAUAAUUCAUCAUGGGAUGGUGAUUACAACAUAAAUUCAGACUUUUCAAACGUUAUAGAGGAAGAUAAUGAUCAAAUACAAUUUGAUUCAUUUUUAGUAAAAGAAAAUUCACAAGUAAGGUACAGUACAAAUAAUGGCCUUGAUGAUAGUAACAUGGAUUUUUGGUUAGAUGUUUUUGUACAAGCUGGUGGGGCACCAGAAUUACCCGAAUUUUGAAGAGUUUGUUUUAUAUCGUGUAUAAUUCUUCUUCAUCAUUAUUGAUUAAUCACAUAUAUAUUCACAUGCAUUUGUGGGCGGCGGGAAAAAGGACAUGUAAUUUUGCUACUAAAUAAUCGGGGAUUAUUUGUAUAGUGUUUCUUUAAUAUUCCUAAAGGACUUUAAUUUAGUCAAAAACGUGGAGCUUUUCAAAGUAAGGCUGUAUGUUUUUUUUGACCCUAGCUAGAUAGUAAAGCUUGGCGAGGAUUAAAAAAAUUUGUUGAUCCAAUUUAAUAGUCUAAUUUUGCAUAAUAUAAUCAAUAUUUAAUUGAAGAAAA